CAUCGACCAACCCUAUAAUAAUACUAAUAUUUACAAUAGGUUUCCUACGGAUUUCGUAGGACCCCUAAGAAUAAUGCAUUUUACUUGCAGUGAGCAGAUCAUAUGAAGUCCCAUUGUUAUGCUGAGUUAUGAUUAUAUUAUUAUGUAUAUUAUAUAUUACUGUGGAAAGUAACUAUUGCGUUACUUUCAAGUACAUUUUCAAAUACUCAUGUGUCAAAUAAUUUGGACACCAUCUCCACCACUCUUUAAUCUGAACUCAAAAUACGUGUGCAUGUUCGUGUGCAUGCAGCGUUGAAAGAUGUUUGAAUUACUUGACACCGCCGGGCUCCAGACUGUGACCAAAUUAGUGGUGUACGGUAUAAACGGUAUAGAACGUUCACCGGUGUGAAUUUGCACUAGGGUAUGGAUUUUGACGUUACCGUGUGACCGGUAGACAUUGUUGUGUAUAACGCGUUAUAAACUAAGUAACACGUUAAUCCAAUAACGUAACUACUUUUUCAUUUAAAAAGUAAAGUGACGCGCAACUACUGAAAAUAUGGUAACGCAACGUAGUUCCUUUUUCAAUUUGGCACGCAGGCGCUUGCUGCCCACCUGCAUGCUUGCGCAAUAGUCCCUUCACAUUGACUCGUUCUUCCGACCUGCGGUUAGUGUGUACUAGUGCCAGUCAGAGUCCUGCACGGGUCUUAUUUUGCAAACCCGCAACCGCCCGUACCCACAAUACUUAAAGGUCCCUUGACAUGCCACCAGGUGUGAGUUUGAUUUGCCUUUCAAGCCGUUUUGAAAAUUUGCCCCUUAUGACAUCACAAGUGGGCACAAGUAUCCACCUAGAUGUGUGCUGGAAAUAUCAUUCUACCAGCCUACCCAGUGGACUGUAGCAAACGUUGCUCAUCUAUCCGUCACACAUCUAGGUGGACACGCCCACUUGUGAUGUCAUAAGGGGCAGAUUUUCAAAACAGCUUGUAACAGCUAACACUGGUCGCAAGUUAUGGGACCUUUCUAAAACUGCAUCCGACCCUUGUUCCUACAGUAGCGCAAAUUAUAUUCCGCACCCGACCCGCUAUAAAUUGAAACCGACGCUCGACCCGUACCCGAAGGAAAGUUAGACACAUUAGAUGGAAUGCCGGGGAAUAACACUAUCUGGUGUUUGGCGUGGUGCUUUAGAUUGCUGUGCAACAAAGCACAUCACCCACUGUUGACGGGUUUUAGUUGACUCUUCCGCUCCUGAUAAACAUAUCCAGAGAAGUCUCCCGCGCAAUCACAAAACCCGCCAUCGACCCGAGCUGUUCAGGCGUCCGACCCGAACCGCACCCAUGUCCGACAUAGUACAUUAUUUUUCAACCGCUUCAUCCAAUUUAUGCAGGUCACCUUCAUAAUUUAUUAGUAGUACAGUGAAAAUUAGUAAAAAUGUUGGCACGUUGAUUUACGGUGUGAGCCCCCUAAAAUUUCUGGUUGUGCCCCUCAAAUUUCAGUUGGGGGGCCACAGUGCUCCUAGUCUGGAGCCCUGCACUGACGUGGAGCAGCACUUUUGUCCAGGGUAUAAUAUGUAUUUCACGAUUACACGCGUUCCAAUAAUUUCUUGGAGGGAAAAGUAAUGGCUAUACUUCCAUUUAAAGAAGGCUAUUUUAAAUUAUUUUGGCUAAGCAUUCCUGCUUCUCGUUGACUCACCUGUGUCGUUUUGUGUCCGACUGCGUGCUUUCGAAUGUGUAAACAACACCUCUGAUUGGCUUACCGUGAGAUAUUACUCAGAUGUUACCUCAGCCAAUCGUCAUCAUGAGAGAGAGAGAUGUUAUUUAUAACACCGUUAUUCCCAUCCCUGAACAAGAGUGAAGCUCUUGCAAAACUGAACAUUGGCAUAUUUUUUCUAUAAUUUUUCGGGAGUUACAGGGAGAGGCUCAAAGAUCAACCAGUUGAUUGCGAUCGACGGGUUGGCGAAAACUGCUGUAGAGAGACAGGAAGUGAUGUAACUUCAUCAGGAUGGUGAAACAGCUGGUGUUUCUUCACCAGGGAUGUCAAUCACUCAUGUCUAAACUAAUGUGCCAGUCCUCCACUCACUGGCCAGCAUUCCGUAAGCUGACCCUGUUAACUCAUUACUUAGUAGCCGUUAAGAAGACUCUUAACAAUUGAAGUAGUCCUGGAAAGUUAUGGGACCACUCUGGCGUUCCCAUCUGCUCGUUCACUGACACGGUGGACUGUUCAUUUAGGGACCUCUCACCUAGUCUUUGGGCUAGUCUGGCUGACCCCAGAUGGUACCAAGUCUUUAGCACCUCCAAAGACCUCACCUGCGUAUUCAAGAGCUCCUCGCUUAAAGCUCACCUGUUCUCUUACUAGAACCUGCUUCCUGUCCUGCUGGAGCCGCCGUGGGGGCUGUGGCCAAUCAGAUCUCUGCCAUCCAUCUGACCAAGCUGACCAUGCCCUCCUUAUCUGCAUCUUUCUCCCCACACCCCCCCCUCAAGGGGGAGGAGGAGUAUGACGGAGGCGUGAAGCUCUCUGGAAAUGAGUGUUUUGCUAAGCAGAUGGAAGGUGAAGAGGAAGAGUUUCCUGAUGAGGUGGAGAAAGGAUGCGAUGAUGACGAAAGUUCUGACUGUUCUUCUAUCAUCUGUGUUCCCUAUGCUGCUGCUGCUCUCGAUCCUCUGUACAGCGUGGAGGACUCUGUGGGUGUGGAAGUGAGGUCGGCCCUGGUCCCCAGCCUGUUCCCCUUCUGCCCCCCCACGCUGUACUUCAGCAGGGCCAACGAGAGAGUGGAGAUGCUUCCUCAGGAAAAGAGGAGGCUUCUGAAGUGGAAGAUGAGCUCGGUGACUCCAAACGUGGUCCGACACAUCAUCGCCAGGUCCCACUUCAAGACCACAAAAAGUACGGCCACACACUUUUAGGGGGGGUUGACUGCAUGGCCCAUGAGCUACAGCUGGGCUCAAACCGGCCAUCAAGUGCCCAGACAGCUGCUCUAUACAAAGCAUGUUUAUUAUGUAAUGAUUGAUCAAUCCAUUUAAUAGUUAAUGAAAGUAAUGUAGAAUGACUUCUCUGCAAAAGAUCUGGUGCUGUAUUGUAAAAUUAUCUUAAAAAUAUGUUUGAUAACGCUCAAUAGUUCAACAUGUAUAGAAUUGUUACAUAAUGAAUAGAUGAACACAAGUUAAAAGAAAAGUUGAAAUGUCUAGUGUGUAGAAUUUAAGAGCAACUAGCGGUGAGGUUGCAGAUUGCACCAAACUUAAUAUUAUAAUUAAUUAACGGUGUCCGUACGAGCCUGGAUUGUGUGAGUUGUCCUGUACUGGUCUGUAUUGUGUGAGGGGUCCUGCACUGACCUGUAUUGUGUGAGGGGUCCUGUACUGGCCUGUAUUGUGUGAGGGGUCCUGUACUGGCCUUUAUUGUGUGAGGUGUCCUGUACUGGCAUGGAUUGUGUGAGGUGUCCUGUACUGCCCUCUAUUGUGUGAGGUGUCCCGCAAAAAAAGGAUUGUUUGAGAAAUGCUGCUGGCAUCUUAUCAGUUAACAACUGGUCAAUUCAAGUAUCAAAAUGUGUAUGUAUUUUUAAGUUAUUCACUGACAGAAUGACACAAAUAAUAUUUAUAAUAAUAAGUUAUUUAUUAUUGAAUAAAUUAUUAUUUAGUUAUUUUUUGUAAUAUUAUUAGUAGGACUGUCAAAUAAACGCGUUCAUUUUGAUUAAUUUAUCACAGAAAACAUAACGCGGUAAAAAAAUUAACGCAGAUUAAUCGCGCUUCUAUAGUACCCUUUGACCCGGUGCAUAAUUUGCGUUGAAACAAAAUGGAGGCAAACGAGAAGACGCUGCUCGGCCCCGUGAACGAAAAGUUCAAGUUUAAACUCCCAGACGGAACUUUAGAUAAUGAUAAUAAUAAAUGAAAUUUAUAUAGCGCUUAAUAUGGUACUCUAAGACGCUUUACAUAUUGCCCUAUCAAAACUAUGUAAAACAGACUAGGAAUAAAAGAAAAACAGAGGUUAAACAUGAAGAAUAAGGUGGGAGUUAGGUGGGGAAGGCUAGUGUGAAAAGGUAUGUUUUGAGGGCAGAUUUGAAAGAAGAGAGGGUUGGAGAGACUUUGAUGUGGGAGGGGAGUGAAUUCCAAAGGGUGGGGGCAGCAACUGAGAAGGCCCGAUCACCCCAAGUCCGUCGCUCAGUCCGUGGAACUUGUAGCAGGUUGGCAGAAUUGGACCUGAGGAAUCGGGAGGGGGCGUGGUGAUGGAGGAGGUCGGCAAGGUA